AAUACCUCUAUUGUGUUAGUGUUUAUUCACAACUCAUAAUUGCAUAGUAUUAAUAUUUCCUAUCUCUUUCACUCAUCCAAAAAGACUAUGGCUCGCUCCGUUUGCUUCAUGGCAUUUCUGGUCUUGGCAAUGAUGCUCUUUGUUGCCUAUGAGGUGCAAGCUAAGAACAUUUGCAAAAAACCGAGCAACACUUUUAAAGGAAUAUGCAUUACCGACAGUUCAUGCAGAAAAGCUUGCAUCAAGGAGAAGUUUACUGAUGGACAUUGUAGCAAACUUCAAAGAAAGUGCCUAUGCACUAAGCCAUGUGUAUUUGAUGAGAAUAUUUCAAAUGAAGCUGAGUUGACUUUGACUGAGAAAGCAAAAACUUUAACUGAAGCUGUGCUUGAAGAAGAGAUCAUGAUGGAGUAAUUAAGAGAGAUUAAGUAUUUAGUGUCAC